UUCUCGCGUUGUUGGAGCCAAAAGAGCUGGAGAAACACAAAGGAUAAACAGCAACAACAAUCUCCAUCACCAUGACUGGCGGCGGCAUCUCGGACGAUGCCCGUCAACUCGCGGCUUUGGGUCAUACCCAGGAAUUAAAACGGACCUUUUCCCCGCUGGCUAUGCUCGGCUUAGCAUUCGCCAUCUUAAACUCAUGGACAGCAUUGGCUACCUCGCUAUCACUGGCCUUGCCUAGCGGUGGACCGACAUCCGUUCUCUGGGGAUUGAUCACAGCAGGCAUCUGCAACCUAUGUCUUGCAGCAAGUCUGGCAGAGUUCCUCAGUGCGUACCCAUCGGCAGGUGGUCAGUACCACUGGGCUGCUAUGCUCUGUCCUAACAGUCGCAUGAUCUCGUGGAUUACCGGAUGGAUCAAUGUCGGUGGAUGGAUGGCCUUGACUGCCACUGGCGGCUUGCUCGGGUCGCAACUUAUAUUGGGCAUCAUCUCGUUGAUGAGCCCUUCGUACGACCCUAAGAGCUGGCAUCAAUUCUUGAUUUACAUUGGGUACAACGUUUUUGCAUUCUGCUUGAACGCUUUCGCCAACAGAAUCAUUCCUCACAUCGACAGAGGUGCCAUUAUUUGGUCAAUCACUGGAUUCGUCGUGGUGUCUAUCACUAUUCUGGCCUGCGCUUCUCCCAACUACAGCUCUGCUGAAUUCGUCUUUGGUGAAUUCAUCAAUGAGACUGGCUGGCCUGACGGUGUUGCUUGGUUGUUGGGCUUGCUCCAGGGUGGCUUCGGACUUACCGGCUACGAUGCUGUCGCACACAUGAUUGAAGAGAUUCCAAACCCGAGAAAGACAGGACCCUUUGUCAUGAUCACCUGCGUUGCCAUUGGUACUUUCACCGGUUUCAUUUUCUUGAUGUGCCUUCUCUUCGUCGCUGGCAACAUCGACGAUGUCAUUGCCUCACCUGCUGGACCUCUUCUCCAAAUCUUGUACAACGCCACAAGCUCGCGCGCCGGAGCCAUCUGCCUCCUCAUGUUCCCCCUGGUCUGCACAGUCUUUGCGACAAUCGCCAUUAUGACUACUAGCAGUCGUAUGGCGUGGGCUUUCGCAAGAGACAGAGGUCUUCCUGCGUCAAAGUUCUUCAGCAAGGUCCACAAGGGUCUUGAUGUACCUGUGAAUGCGCUUGCCCUUACUUUGGCUCUUGUCAUCAUUUUUGGAUGUGUCUUCCUCGGAUCCUCGAGCGCUUUCAACGCCAUUACCAGUGCUUCAGUCGUAGCCUUGAGCAUUACGUAUGGUAUCCCAAUUGCUCUGAACGUCUUGCAGGGGCGUAAAGGACUACCAGCAGACCGCGCAUUCAUCCUGCCCUCCUGGUUCGCCUGGUUCGCAAACCUGCUUGGUCUCGCUUAUGUCAUCAUUACCUCUGUUCUCUUCUUGUUCCCCCCAGAGCUACCUGUCAACUCGAACAACAUGAACUACUGUGUAGUCGCAUUCGGUAUCUGGUUGCUGAUCUCAUUAUUGACAUGGAUCUUCGACGGCAGAAAGAACUACACUGGACCCAAGGUGGAUAUUGUAGACGAGCAUGUGCUUACAGCGUCGCCUUCGCCUGAAGUCGUAAGGACGAAUAACAAUGACCUUGAUUAUUCCGAGAAGGGCAAGGAGUCAGGUUUCUAGAUGCUAUUUAAUGUUCAGGCUGUUUGUUGCCAAAAUUCAACGAUUAUUUUGUUCUCUCUC